UACACUUUACAAAACUGUUCUUUGAUAUGUGAGUGGAAUGUUGUUGAAAAAUAUCAUCAUAUUCCUCUGUCUUCAUUUACCCAACUCAGAGACUGCUUCUUCCACUACAAAUACUAUCAAACAUCACCCUACUAGGCGUAGUGUCCUGAAAACAACAAACAAAUCCACUAUUCCAGUGACGCCUAAGAAAAUCGUAGGUGGUCAUCAAUGUGGAGUUGAAAAGUAUCCAUUCAUGGUUUCUCUCCGAAGACUGUCCACCCUCUCCCAUUUCUGCGCUGGUUCUCUCAUAAGACCAGAUUGGAUCAUAACAGCUGCCCAUUGCGUAGCACCCCAUGCCCACGAGCCCAACCUCUUCACCGCAAUUGCUGGAAUAUCACAAUUCAACCAACUAGGCAUACAGCGUAUCAGAGUCAAGCAGAUAUUCGUUCAUCCAGAAUUCGACGAAAAUAAUUUCGAUAACGACAUCGCUCUGAUUUCUCUCGAACACAACUUCGUUCUCACAGAACUGGUACAGCCAAUCACCAUACCGAAUCACGUGAUACACGAAGAUCUGUAUGCGAUCUGUCCAGAAGGAACCUCGAUCGGCUGGGGAUGGCACAGCGAAAGCAAGGUUCGACAUUUGGAAAACGGUUCAAUCCCCCACCUCCCCGUCAUGCAGUGUGUGAUCAAUCUCCCACUCAUGUCGGAACGGCAGUGCUUGAAUGCUAGAGCAGGUCUGCACCUGCGCCCCAACACCUUUUGCGCUAUGGUCCAAACAAGGGAAAACCUGUGCCAGGGCGACAGUGGUGGUCCGUUGUUUCGUAAUAACGUUCAGUACGGAAUAGUGUCAAGUGGAUAUACUUGUAAUUUCGCUAAUGAUACUCCCGGUUAUUACACCAGGAUCGACAGGGUUCUGAGUUUUAUCAAGGAGUGUUUGAGUGGUCAAGUGAGUUAUUCCAAAAAUAUCAUCCGGGAAGUGGAGGAGGUUGGAGAUGGAUCAUUAGUUAUUAAGCACAAUGAUUUUCUAUGUAUCUUUUCGUUAUUUCUGUAUUUUCAACUUUAAUUGAAUGUUUUAUA